ACUCCAAGCUUACCGACGAAAUGGCUCAAUUCGGCGCCUUUUACACCGACAACUUGGGCACGCCAUUGCGCGUUGCUCAAGUGCUUGGACUCACCAGCACAGCGUUCUUCGCAGGCAAAGCAUUCAAUGCCAGCUUCGCGACCACGCCAGCUCUGCUCGAAGCACCGGCUCCACUUCUCGCGCGCCAGUGGAAGAAGCAAUUCGACGCCGAUAAGUGGCUCGCGCCAGCCGUGGCAAUCUUCAGCUCGGGUGUAUUCUCCUACAUCGCCUACAGAGAUCAUGCCUGGACCAAGACAUCCAUCCUCUACGCUACCUCUUCCGGCCUGCUCCUCUCCCUCAUCCCAUACAGCAUCUUCCUCUUCGAACCCGUCAACCAGAAGCUCGAAGCCAAAGCUCAGUCUCUCGCCAAAGCCUCACUCACCGACGCCAGCGCUGAAGCCAGUGUCGCAAAGGAGGAGACCACGCACGGUCUGGUCGACCAGUGGGCUACGAUCAACCUCGGACGAGCCGUGAUCGCGGGUAUCAGCGCUGUGACUGCGGUCUGGGCGGCUGUGGAUCGUACGGAUGUGGUGCCGGCGACGCUCAAAUUCGGAUCGGGUGCGAAUCGCAUGUAGGGUCGAGGAGUGCGUAAAGGGUGGUGUGUCUGCGAGUGUCAUCUCAUCUCCAAUGACGGCUACUGGACACUGGAUGCGAUAGCAUUAGGCAGAGCCGUAGCAUUGUACGAAUAGAGAAUGGUUCGAACGGUAGCAGAUCUCACAAUCUCAGGUUGGUACGGUAGAAAGAUCAGCAACGGCUUCACAAGCGUUGGAGCUG